AAGGGCCGAGGCCAAAGGCUUGUGCAUCUCGAGUUGUCGACAGACCCAUGCCAUGCAUGUGUGAGCUGAUGAGAAGCUGACAGUCUCUGCUCCUGUUACUAUUGUCGAUAGACAUCCAUCCUCCAGAAAAAAAAAGGCACAGAUUUGCGAGGCAACAGAUACUUCCACCAACAACAUUACAUUCCGGCGGUGUACAGGUUUCCACCUUUCCCACCGCGAAAAGCCGGCCAAGAUCGGGAAAAAAAUGGCAAUAUCCGGGAUCCGAGUCCGGGGCCCAGCCGAAGAUAUGAAAGCGAUGGAGGAAUCACCAAAGAAGCUGCUGGGGUUUUCUCGCUCAGCUCAGGGUUGGAGAAGGUAUGAAAAGAAUGGGUGAGCUGUGUAUGUGCAUCACACCGCCAUUGCCACAGCACUCCACAUGCUUCCACUCAGAAUUUUGUCACAAUCCACAGCAGAAGUGAGGACCAAACGGAUCCAGAAGGCGCAGCGGCGGCACCAGGUGAGGCGAGGUGGAUCAGAGCAGGGAUAAUGGAUCUCUGAUGGCGAGAGGGGCAUCGCAUUCAGCUCACUCACUGAUGCUGCACCACUGACCUCAGGGAAAGGGAGGGCCAUCUUUUCUCCUUCGCCAUUUUGUUCCAAUGGGACGGACAUGGACGGCACUCAGAGGGGUUUCCUCUUCUUUCUUCAGUCAGAUAGGGACCCAGGGAGCACAUGAGAGGAUCAGAGGAAGAUGACCGGUCCGUGGCGCUGCAAGUCGUUGUCUGCACGAAGUGGUGCCAAAUUAUGCAAGCAUAAAGCAAUGGUAAUGCUAAUCUGGGAGAAGAGGUGGCUUCCCCCCAUGACUAAGUUGGAAUUGCAUUGGCCGGAGGGCGUAUGUAUGUACAUGGCGUGGUUUGACAUUGGUUCCUACCCUUCCUGGUGUGCUGCUCCACUGCAGACCACCUUCUUCCUCCACGAGAAAGACGACGACCAUCCACGACCAAUGGCCGUGGAAUCGAAACGUGUUGUGCUGGGACGGAAAGGAAAGGCGACGCGCGACGGCAAUGGUCAUCUCCAGUGGGGGCUGCCGGCAGCGUCUCGUCCCAUGGAUCCUCCGUGAUCCUGCCUUUUUGACCUUUGUUUAUUCACCCUGAAUGAAAUCGAUUGAUUGGUUAGCUGGAGCUUGAAAAAUUCACACUCUCUGCUAGUGUGGACGGAACAAAACCAGCAUGUGCUAGUUUUUGUGAAGGUGAUUACCUGUGUUGUUUAAUGCGCAAUUAGGCUCGUGGAAACCGGUCUGACUUGACUUUACGGACCUGAGAGUGAGAGCUCCUCUCUGCUCUGUCAUCAUCAGAUGGGGGAAAAAAAUGAAAAGGGCUUCAUGUCCUCGUCGUCGGCACUAGCGUACUCCGUACUGUACGUGUACACGCCAUCUCCGUACGGUGCGUAUGAAUACUGUCCGGUUUCUCUGUCAUCCUAAAAACUAGUAGGCCAUUAUAUUAACAACCGAGUAUACACCCGGAUGCAAAUAAAUCAAUUCAGAUUAAUUAGGGCUGACUGGCUAAGCAGUGGCUCCACUAAAAAACUAAACGCUGUUUUUUUACUUUUUUAUUAGGAUAAGGUUUUUUUUUGCGAAUUACACGGUACAAACACU